GGGGUCCCGCCCCCCCAAAAUCCGCUCGGGAGCCGCAGCGGGGAUGGGGGAGGGGCUCGGCUGGGUGGUGCUGGCGCUGGUGGUCAUCGGGGGCAAAGGCUCCCCGUUCCUGGAGGAACCGGCCAAUCAGAGCGCGGCGCUGGGCGCGGGGGCGGAGCUUCGCUGCCGCGCGCGGGUGGGCGUGGCCCUGCAGUGGGCGCGGGGGGGGCUCCUGCUCGGGGCCCCGCCCACCCGCGCGCACCCGCGGUACCGAGUGGGCGGGGACAGCGCCAGAGGUGAGCAGCACCUGCGCAUCCGGCCGGUGGCGCUCGAGGACGAUGACGUGUUCACCUGCCAGGCGGGGGAGGGGAACGGGACCCGCGCCUCGCGGCCCGCCCAGCUCAGCGUGCUGGUUCCCCCCAGUCCGCCCCAGCUGGAGCUGCUGGAGGGGGCGGAGCUUCCCCUGGUGGGCGGGGCCGAGGUUCAGGUUCGGUGCCGAGCGCGGGACGCGCGCCCCGCCCCCCACCUGGAGCUGCGCCUGGGGGAGCAGCCCCUUCCCGACGUCUCCACCCGAGUGUUCGAGGGGUCGCACCCGAAACUGAGCUCGAGCGAGGCCACGGCCAGGCUCACUCCUGGCCCUGCUCACCACGGGCUCUCUCUCGUCUGUUCGGCCUCAAACGCGGCCGGGGCGGCGCCGGCCGAGGCCGAGCUGAGGCUGGACAUCGCUGUCCCUCCCAGUGCUCCCAGUAUCCAGGGGCUGCCGCCGCUGGUCCGGGCGGGGGAGGAGCUGCAGCUGCUCUGCGAGAGCCGCGGGCGGCCGGCGCCCAGUCUGCACUGGGACAAGGACGGGCGCGCGCUGCCGGGGGCGUGGUCGGAGCUGGCGGGGGGCGGGGCCCGGAGCCGCCUCGUGCUCAGCCCCGCCCCCCAGGACGAUGGCGCCACCCUGCGCUGCCGCGCCGUGACGUCACUUCCGGGGGGCGGGGCCAGCACCAGCGUCAGGCUGCGAGUGACGUACGGCCCCGCGGAGCUGACCCUGCAGGGCUCGGGCGCGGUGCCCCUGGACGGGGAGGCGGCGCUGAGCUGCACCAGUGCUCCCAGUAACCCCCCAGUGCGGCUGCGCUGGUGGCUGGGGGGCAGCGAGCUGCGGGCCAGCAGCGAGGGGGCCGCACCAGGGGGCGGGGCCGUGUCCAACGUGACGCUGCGGGGGCGGGUGCAGCUCCACGGCGCCGCCCUGGUGUGCGAGGCCGAGACCCCCGGGGUGGGGACACGGAGCGUGAGCGUGACGGUCAGCGUGAGCCACCCGCCCCAGGCGCUCUGGGUCGAGGCCCCGCCCCCCAACGCCACCUUCCGGGUGGGGGAGGGGCUGCGGCUGCUGUGCCACGCCCGGGGGGGGGCACCCGGCGCCCAAACUCACCUGGACCAAGUUCCAGCCCAGUCCGUCUCCAUCUCGGUGUCCCCGCGGGAGCCGCGCCCCGGCCACGCCCUGAGCCUCACCUGCCGCGCCGGCCCCGCCCACCCCGAGCCCGAGCUCACCUGGAUCCGCCCCGGCCACGCCCCGGAGCGCGGGCAGCCCCUCCCCCCCAGCCCCGCCCCCCACGGGGUCACGGCGGGGUCACGGCUGCUCCUGCAGGGGGCGCUGUCGCUGCACGAGCUGUCAAUCACCUGCCGGGCCUGGAGCGGCGCGCUGGGCGUGGCCGUGAGCUCCGCCCACACCGUCCGUGUGCGCCACGCCCCCCUGCUCAGCGCCCCCUCCCCCGUGCUGGUUCCGGAAGGUUCCGAGGCCGUUCUGGAGCUCUCGGUUCGCGCCCAUCCCCCACCCGAGAGCUGCACCUGGAGCGUGCGCGGCACCGAGAUCAGCCCCGCGGGCUCCCCGCGGUUCCGAGUCUCUCCCGGGUUCUCGCUGCUCGUCGCCAACGUGUCCCGCGGGGACAGCGCCCCCUACCGGGCACGGUGCCACAACGCCGAGGGGGCGGGGACUGCUGACGUCACACUCACCGUGCUGGUGCCCCCCAGCAUCGUGCGGGCCCCGGACCCGGUGGUGGUGGCCGAGGGGGGGGAGGGGCAGCUGCUGUGCGAGGCCGAGGGGAGCCCCCUCCCCCCAGGGAGCGUCCGCUGGGGGCGGCUGGGUGACUCGGGGUCGCCCCUGGCGCUGCCCCCCGGGCUGGCCCCGCCCCCCGGCGGCCCCGGGGGGUCCCUGCGGGUGUCGGGGGCGCGGCGGCAGCUCGGGGGUCCCUACGAGUGCCGGGUGGAGUCGGGGGUGCCGCCCCCGGCCCGGGCGGUCGUGAGGCUGGUGGUGACCUACCCGCCCGAGAUGGAGGCGGAUCCCGAGGGGGGGGAGGGGCAGGCGCUGGUGGCCGAGGGGGCGGAGUCAGCGCGGCUGCGCUGCCGGGCCCAGGGAGUGCCGGGGGUGGAGCUGAGCUGGGAGAGCAACGGGCGGAGCUUGAGAGUGGGGGAGCCCGGUUCGCCGUUCCAGGAGCGCCAGUGGCGGGAGGGGCCCUGGACCAGCUCGGAGCUCGUGGUCACCAACGUGUCGGGGGCGCGGGAGCGGCUGCGGCGCCUCUUCCUGCAGGCCCAGCCCCCCCGGCCCCCCCAGCCCCCCCAGCCCCCCCGGCCCCCCCAGCCCCCCCAGCCCCCCCGGCCCCCCCGGCCCCGCUACCGCUACCGCAACCAGCCCACGGCGCCGCCGGACUGGGAGCACUGGGAGAACUGGGAGACGCAGAACGGAACCGUGGGAGUGUUCGAGUGCCGGGCACGGAACCAGCGCGGGAGCGCCCGGAGGAGGAUCCGGCUGCGGCUGGGGGACCGGCCGGAGCCGCCGCGGGCCCUGCGGCUCUGGGAGGCCUCGGGGUCGUCGCUGGGGCUGCAGUGGGAGCCCGGCUUCGAUGGCGGCCUGGAGCAGCACUUCCUGCUGCGGGCGGAAGGUCCGGGCGCCCCUCCCCCGCCCGCCGCUCUCGUCACUUCCGGUUUUUCGCUGACGCUGGGCGGGCUCAGGCCGGACACGCCCUAUGACGUCACCGUGAUCGCCCGCAAUGCCCGAGGGGAGAGCGCCCCCGCGCGGCUGCGUGCCGUCACUUCCGCGCUGCCCGAGGCCCCGCCCCCCAAGCGCGAGGCCCCGCCCCCCGCGCCCGCAGCGCCCCCUGGUGGGGGGGAGGCCCCGGCCCCGCCCCUCCUGCUGGGGGGGAUGGGCGCGCUCGGGGGGCUCCUCCUGGCCGGGCUGGGGGCGGCGCUCGGCUACUUCCGGUGGGGGAGGGGCCGGAACCCGCCCCAGGGGGAGGGGACGGACAAGCCCAGCUCCCGAGGCUCCCCCAGCGUUGGCUCCGCCCCCUGGGAGCCCCCCCAGGGGGCGGAGCCUCACCUGUACGAGGAGGUGGAGCCGUGGGGGGGCUACGAGGAGGUGCCCCCGGAGCCGCUGGUGACCCCGCAGGGGGAGCUGGUCUGAGGGGGGAGGGGCGCCCCAAUAAACCACACCCCAAACCAGUUCAAACCAGUGCAAACCAGUUC